AUGGUCCGGGAAUAUCAGCUCUACAUCAACGGCAAAGAAUGCCCUGGCGGCCUGCCAAGUGAGAACACCAUCAAUCCGUACACCAAUGAGCCAUGGGCGAAGGUAGCACAGGCAUCUGUCCAAGAUGUGCAGGCCGCAGUUCGCGCCGCUGAGGUGGCCUUCGAAAGCUGGGGCAAAGUCCCUGGGGGCCAGAGGGCCAAGUUACUGAACAAGCUGGCCGAUCUGAUUGAGGAGGAAGCCGAGGAAAUGUCCGUGAUCGAGACGUCCGACAAUGGCAAGAUUCGACGCGAGACAAAGAGCCAGAUGUUCUUUUCAGCCAGAAACUACCGAUUCUUUGCUGGAAUGGCUGACAAGUUAACCGGCGAGGUGAAGCCAAUGGACAACCCACAGAUUUUCGACUAUACCAUGCGCGAGCCUUAUGGCGUCUGCGCUUUGAUCACUCCGUGGAACAGUCCCAUUGCUAUUCUUGCCAACAAAUUGGCCCCGUGCUUGGCAGCAGGAAACACGUGUGUUGUCAAGCCUUCAGAAUAUACAUCAGUGAGUACGCUUUGCUUUGCAAAGCUUGUGGAGAAGGCAGGAUUCCCGCCCGGUGUAUUCAAUGUCGUGGUCGGCAAGGCAGAAGUGGGCAGAGCACUGGUGACGAAUCCCGCUAUUGGCCGCAUAAGCUUUACAGGCAGCGUCGAUAUUGGGCGCAUAGUCGCUCAGCAAGGCGCACAAAAUAUUGUUCCUGUGACACUCGAACUCGGAGGAAAAUCGGCUAACAUCAUCUUGGAUGAUGCUGAGCUGGACCGGGCUAUCCCGGGAAGUGUUGCGGGCAUUUUUGCUGCAUCGGGUCAGACGUGUAUCGCGGGUUCACGUCUACUUGUUCAUCGCUCAGUGUACGAUACUGUGGUCCAGGGCAUAUUGGAGAGGAUCAAAACGAUCAGAUUCGGCGAUCCGCAGGACAUGAACACGGACAUUGGACCGGCUGCACAUGCCGCACAAUGGGAAUCAAUACAUCGGCACAUUGAAAAAGCCGAGAAGGAUGGAGCCAAGUUGCUGGCUGGAGGAAGAGAAGCAAGCAAAAAGAUUGGAGGGCUUUUCGUCGCUCCUACGGUCUUUGGGGGUGUCGACUCGGACAGCGACCUCGCUCAAAAAGAAAUCUUCGGUCCCGUCCUUGCUGUAAUCCCCUUUGAUUCCGAUGAGGAGGCGCUCAAGAUUGCAAAUGGCACCAUCUUUGGUCUCGCCGCCGGCAUAUGGACGAUGAAUCUCAGACGUGCCCACAAGAUGGCUAGUCAACUUAAGGCAGGUCAAAUCUGGAUCAACACCUACCGCGCAGGUGCCGCCAUGGCCCCUUUCGGCGGAUACGGGCAGAGCGGAUAUGGCAAGGAGCGUGGCACGGAAGCGCUGUUGGAAUAUACGCGGCUCAAGAACGUCAUGGUUGACCUAAGCGACGAGGUCCGGGAUCCAUUUACUAUCAAGGUCUAA